UCUUCAUUAGUUUGCUUUGCAGGGUCUGCAGCUUAGAAACAUUGAUGGGAAGAGGCCUCUGAAGGGAUGAAGCUGUAUUUCCUGCUCAGAGGGGGAUUGUCACCAACACAAAAUCAGGGCAGCCAUUACUUUGUCUGGCUGAGGCUUGGCAACCUCCACGAAUGGAGAUUGACAACCAUGCUGGUACAGGAUGACCACAGUGGAAUACUUUAUGCUCUGCCUGCCAUACAAGUUCCACAGCAUCAGGAAUGGCUGUGACACUGUCCGCUGUCCAGGCUGGGUUGCAGUGACAGCUCACGCAGAAGAGAAGCUGCUGCUCCGAGCCUACACUCCCGAGGGCACCGCGUUGGUGGUGAGAGAGCCUCCCCUUUUGCCGUACAUCAGCGCUGUCAGAGGAGCACGGAUCCCAGGCACUGCUGCCUACAGGACCAAAAAGCCUCCUUCCCUGGUGGAAAACCUGAAAACCACGGAGAGGAGAUAGCACUUAUCAUCUGAGCAAGGAAGAAGACAGAACAGCCUCUGGACAACCUUGUUGGUUGUUGAUAUCGGGGAGAGGUUGGACUCCCUUUUUAAACAGAGACAGGCACAUUUUUGGAAGCAGGCCUGUGGGGGAAGUAAAGUGCCUGAUUCAGUGUUCCACAAGCCCUGAUCCAGCUACUGAGCUGCAGGCAUUUUGAAUGAGCUGAGUGGCUGGCACCUUGCUGUGAGAGGUGAAACAGCUUCUCACUGGGACCUGCCAGUAUCUAUGAGCAAAUCCCUUUAUGUGUUCCCUCUUGAAAUACAGGAUGGAAACUCACCUGCCUGCCCCAGGCUGGCUUUGCUGCUCAUAGAGUAGGUCUUCUCUUGCAGACAUGCUCCCAUGGGUCAGAAACCGUCACCUUGUUGUUGGAGGCUUUGUGGAGUUUCCAGAGUUGAAGGAAGUGGGAGGGAGUGGGAAAGAGCAGGGAAUGCUCCAGUGUGGGUACAACCCUCCUAGUGCCUGACAGUAAUUCAACAUCAACCAAAAAUCAGGUCCUUUCAGUCCUUUGGUGUCUGGGGCAGGUGAGUGAGUGAAACACCUUGCUUUUGGACACAGGAAAGGUGAAUUAAAGAAAAGUGUGUCUGUGCAUACACCUGAAGAGGAAACUUUUGCAACUCGCUGCUUUGAUUUGGCUCCUGUAGCUUGUGUAAAGGUUUCUGAAACUGAGCGUGUAGAAUAAAACUUUUUCAAAGGCA